UUUACACACUGGAUAAUUAAGCUCUUUGACUGACAGCAGAGUGCCAAAAGGCGCAGACGAAUUCCGAUUGGCCAGAGCGAACUUUACAAUCUCCUCUUGUUUCUAAGCUGAGCGCAGGCAGAGCGCUUUUCCUCCGCAAACACUGGCCGAGAGUAUAACACGCAACAGAGGUGCUCGGAGGGGCUGAAAGCUACGAGUUCACCCAAGCAAGAAGAUCGAUCUGCACAGUGCGGCUUUGUUUCGUAUUUGUUUACUGUAAUAACUUUGAGUUUGUAGUUGAAGUGACGCUCGAAUCAUCCGUGCGUGCGAGCCGUACCGAGCCGUACCGAACUGCUUUUAUUGUGCUGUGGCCAAAAAGAAAGCAUGACUUCUGCUCCUGUGUCGCUGUUGAGAAUGAUCCGUCUGGCGGUGACAGUGGCGCUCAUAUCGUCGUGUAGUGCGUCAGAGUACGAGUACCUCAGCUGGAAGUCGGACAUGUACAACGGCGGACGAAGCUACGGCAAGCCUCCCCAGUGCGUUGACAUCCCGGAGGACUUGCGGCUCUGUCACAACGUAGGCUAUAACCAGAUGCUGUUGCCCAACCUAUUGGAGCACGAAACCAUGGCCGAGGUGAAGCAGCAGGCCAGCAGCUGGGUGCCACUGGUGCACAAGAACUGCCACCCAGGCACGCAGGUCUUCCUCUGCUCGCUGUUUGCGCCCGUGUGCCUGGAGAGGCCCAUCUAUCCGUGCCGCUGGCUGUGCGAGGCCGUGCGGGACGGCUGCACCCCCAUCAUGGAGUCGUUUGGCUUCCCCUGGCCGGAGAUGCUCACCUGCGACAAGUUUCCCCAAGAUGAUGUGUGCAUCGCCAUGCCGCAGCCUAACGCCACCGAGGCCACCCAGCCGACAGGUUACUCUCCCAUCUGCCCACCAUGUGACAAUGAAAUGAAAACAGAUGCCAUGCUGGAGCACAUGUGUGCCAGCGAGUUCG